AUGAAAUGUCCAUGCCGCGCAGCGCCUUGGAGGAUAUUUUUGCAGAGCUUGGCGCAAGUCCACAACUUUCCGGUCUCGACCAGCACAGCUCGACCGUGGCGUCCUGCGCCGGUGCCCCGGCCUGUUUCGAGUCAACGUCGUGGACUUGCCGCUUCAUCCUACUGGAGACGAGAAACUACUCGGUCGGCCGUUGCAGCGGAAAAUGCGGUUGACAAGAGGGAGAAUGUGACGGGCACGGCGGCUGAGACAAAGCCUCUACGAAAGAACCGAGCAAGGGACAAGAAGACGGAGAAUGAAGCUCCAUCUGCAAAGGAAUUCCAAACACGAACAAUCGAGAAAUCUUCGCCUCCGUCACCGCCACCGAAACGCAGGGCCAACAAAGCCAAGCCUCACGACCAAUCGCCCGACCUGAAUAUUGCCCAGCCGAAGACCCCCGAGUGGCAGAGCCAAAAGGCAGCCCUCAAGGAGAAAUUCCCCCAGGGCUGGAAGCCCCGGAAACGCUUGUCUCCUGAUGCUCUGGCGGGCAUACGGGCACUCAACGCGCAGUUCCCGGAUACUUAUACGACGCGGGCGCUGGCGGACAAGUUUGAGGUGUCGGUGGAGUCGAUUCGGCGGAUUCUCAAGAGCAAGUGGACACCGUCGGUGGCGGAAGAGCAGGAGCGGCAGGAGAGGUGGUUCAGGAGAGGGAUGCAGGUGUGGGAGCGCAAGGCGGCGGUUGGGAUGAAGCCGCCGCGGAAGUGGAGGAGAGAGGGGAUUGUGCGGGAUAGUUGGUGGCAUGAGAGGAGGAAGGAGGCGGCGAGGCGGGAGAGAGAAUGGGAGGAGGAGGAGAAGGAGGCUGAGAGGGCAAGGAGAAAUUACGGUGCGAGGAGUGUUGGUGGUGAGGAUGAGGGUCGGGGCGAAGCCGGCAGUGGGAGGUGGUAG